AUGACCGAAAAUCCAAGAGAACACAUGAAUGCCAUCACCACUAGGAGUGGAAAGCAAUUACUAGACCUACCGUAUCCCAACAAGGCACAAAUUGCCAAGAGGAAUCUAGAAGGUGAGAAUGAGAAAGUGAAUGAAGGUGUAGUUGCCCAAGACAAGGAAGAUGAGAUACAACAAAUUGAGCCCGUGAAGAAGCAUACACCACCUCUACCCUUCCCACAAAAAUUCAAGAACUCAAGGGAAGAGGAAAGAAGAGCAAAAUUUUUCAGUUUGAUCAAGCAACUGGAUAUCACCAUUUCUUUGCUUGAUGCAGUAACUGAGAUUCCUUUGUAUGCUAUGUUUUUGAAAGAGAUUUUGUCCAACAAGAGGAGAGCUGAGGAUCGUGAGACAGUAGCAGUAAGUGAGGAAUGUAAUGCUUUGAUUCAAAAUAAGCUUCUUUCAAAGCUUAGGGAUCCUGGGAGUUUCUCUAUCCCUUGUGUUAUUGGAGGAUCACUUGUUCAAAGAGCUUUAUGUGAUUUAGGGGAAAGUGUGAGUUUGAUGCCCUAUUCUUUGUGUCAAAAGCUGCAACUUGGAGAGCCAAAACCUACAUCCAUGACUCUUCAGUUAGCAGACAGAUCAGUAAAGUAUCCUAUUGGAAUUCUGGAAUAUGUGCUAGUGAAGAUUGACAAAUUUUACAUUUCGGGAGACUUCGUGGUGUUAGAGAUGGAAGAAGAUGCUAAAAUUCCUAUUAUCCUUGGGAGACCAUUCUUGGCAACUGCUGGAGCUGUGAUCAAUGUCAAAAAGGGAACCUUAGUUCUUGAAAUUGGAGAAGAUAAAGUUGAAUUUAAUGUUUUCAAAUUGGCUAACAAAUCUUCUUGUCUUGAUACUUGUUUCUAUGUAGAUGAAAUUGACUCAUGUGUUGCAGCCUAUGAGAGGGGUAAAUGGAUCUCUAAUGAUCCUUUACAACUCGAAAGUGAAGACACUAUAGAGAGUGGAUACUUGGAUGAUGGUACGAAUGGUGGGGAAUCACAUACCACUAAUGUCCAUUGCCUGCAACAUUGA